GGUUAACUCGAGUACGUCACGUGUUUUCGUCGAAGUCAUGCCGUUAGAAUUUAGAUACGACGACGAUGAUUUUUAUUUCGAAGUGGAUUCUUCUAGGAAAAUUGAUUCAAAAUUUGAUAUGAUGUUGAAGCAGAAAUGGGAAGAUGCUAUGGACAAAGGAUAUUUUAGAUACAAGUUAAAUUUUCUAGAAAGUAAAAUUUUAGAAGGAAAAUAUGGAUUUGUAGCACAGCUAAAUGUGAAGAGAGCCGUGGAACGAAGAAAACCGCAAACGGUGUCGAGCAUCAACAUGCCGUUCGAUCCAAAGUUAUUCAAUUUUACGAAAGUUAAAGAAGAAGAGAUUUUAUUUUAUGUCGGACGUAAUAACGAAGACGAAGAAAAAUCAGGAAGUGCUAACAUGAUACCUCACUGUCUGCUUAUUAAUGUUAGCCCGUUAGAAUAUUGCAACAGUCUGUUGGUUCCAUACAUAAAUAGUUGUUUACCGCAGUGCAUUACAGAAGGAGGAUUACAACUGGCUGUAGAAAUUGUAUUAUUGAGUCAAAAUCAUAGUCUUAAAGUAGGAUUCAACAGUUUAGGAGCGUACGCAUCGGUUAAUCAUUUCCACUUUCAUAUUUAUUAUCUGUCUUCUAAACUUUAUCUCGAAACCAGUAGAGCGAAGUAUUUAUGCAAUGGUUGCUAUUUAAUUUCCAAAUAUCCUGCAGAAGGAUUUGCCUUUCAAGUCACUGGAAUCAAUUGUAAAAAGAUGGUGAGGAUGUUAAAUAAACUUGUACAGUUUCUUAAGGAUAACGGUAUUGCUCACAAUAUAUUUAUAACCAGAGGUAGUACAUUCGAAGAAGCUAAUGAAGGAAUAACUCCCGCCGUCUACAAAGCCGUUCGUAUAUAUGUUUGGGCGAGAAAGUCUUCUUACGGUGCUAAGAAUGAUGAGGCAUUUAAUCCUGCCCUGUGUGAACUUGCCGGUCAUCUGCCUAUUAAAAAUGAAAAAGGAUUUUCUCAGAUUUCGGAAUCUCAAGUAGAAGACGCUCUUUACCAAGCCUGUCACGACACUUUUCUUGCAGUGAAAGAAAGAGUAGAAGAGCUAUUUUCUGAAACUAAUUAAUUAUUUAAGUAAAAAGCUAUAUAUAAUUUUAAUAAAGUGUAAUUAUAUUAAAAAUAUCUGUUACGUUUAUCGUCAUAUGUACAGACUGGUAACUUAUAACACAUU